AUGCCGGCGCGGCCUCGCAGACUGGGCAAAGCUCUAAGGACAGCUGCUCAUGGAGGCGGAAGACAUUCCAAAUUAAAGCCACACCCUCCAGUUGUAAGCCAUGUGAGCCAUCAUAAUAUUGAACUGAGUUGGAAUUUGGAAGAACAACGAAAAGGUCCUCAAGAACAAUGGCUAAAAUUUUCAGUUGAAGCAGAAGAUCCUAAGUUACAUAAAUAUGGUUUGAUUUACACGGGAUAUGCCCGACAGUAUGUUGUGGAAGGUCUUGAACCUAGAACAACUUACAGAUUUCGGCUUAAAGUCACAGACCCUGAAGGAGAAUCUGUUUAUAGUUCACCUGUUUGUGUAACUACAACAAGUAAGUUCACAAUACGUAGUUAA